AGUGCGAUGGAAGUCCAGUGAGGAUGGACUCUUGGCGAAUCCUGCGACUCUUGAUCGUUUUGUCGGGAUUAAACGGAGCCUGUGACGCUCUGUUCUGUAACUGCACCUCACCUCACUGUGAAAAGGAUGGUUUUAGGUGCGAGACAAAUGGGGCAUGUGUGGCCUCCACAUCUAUCAUUGAUGGAGAGGAGCAGCAUGUGCGACUCUGCAUUCAGAAAGAUAAGCUGGUUCCUCCAGGUCAGCCUUUCUACUGCCUCAGUGCUGAAGGACUGAUGAACACACACUGCUGUUAUACAGAUUACUGCAACAGCAUUGUCCUCAGACUACAAACCGUGACAAACCGCUCGGAUGCAGGCCAGGAUUGGGGUCCAGUGGAGCUCACAGCAGUAGUGGCAGGUCCAGUGUUUGUGCUGUGUGUUCUGGUUCUGCUGGGGCUCUUCCUCUUCCAGCACCACCAACGGGCUUACGGUCACCGGCAGAGACUGGAGGUGGAGGAUCCCAGCACUGAACACAUGUUCCUGGCCAAGGACAAGACCUUACAGGACCUCAUCUAUGACCUCUCCACCUCUGGAUCUGGGUCCGGUCUGCCGCUAUUUGUCCAAAGAACAGUUGCUCGUACUAUAGUACUGCAGGAGAUCAUCGGUAAAGGUCGGUUUGGGGAGGUGUGGAGGGGUAAGUGGAGAGGAGGAGAUGUCGCGGUUAAGAUCUUCUCCUCUCGUGAAGAACGCUCCUGGUUUCGUGAAGCUGAAAUCUACCAGACCAUCAUGCUUCGACAUGACAAUAUUCUGGGCUUCAUUGCAGCAGACAACAAAGAUAAUGGCACGUGGACUCAGUUGUGGCUGGUGUCAGACUAUCAUGAGAAUGGUUCUCUGUUUGACUAUCUGAACCGAUAUUCAGUCACCAUUGAAGGCAUGAUUAAACUGGCACUGUCGGCUGCCAGUGGACUGGCACACCUGCACAUGGAGAUUUUGGGCACUCAGGGUAAGCCUGGCAUCGCUCACCGUGACCUGAAAUCAAAAAAUAUCUUGGUGAAAAAAAACUGUACGUGUGCUAUCGCUGAUCUCGGCCUGGCAGUUCGUCACGAGUCUGUCACAGACACCAUCGACAUUGCACCCAACCAACGUGUUGGCACUAAGAGGUAUAUGGCACCUGAGGUUCUGGAAGAGAGUAUAAACAUGCGUCACUUUGACUCGUUUAAAUGCGCUGAUAUCUACGCACUGGGGCUCGUGUACUGGGAGAUCACUCGCCGCUGCAAUGCUGGAGGUAUUCAUGAAGAGUACCAACUGCCCUACUAUGACCUGGUGCCCUCUGACCCUUCUAUAGAAGAAAUGAGGAAGGUGGUGUGUGACCAGAGGUUACGACCCAACAUCCCCAAAUGGUGGCAGAGCUAUGAGGCAUUGCGCGUGAUGGGGAAGAUCAUGCGAGAGUGUUGGUAUGCGAACGGCGCUGCCCGACUGACGGCUCUUCGUAUAAAAAAAACCCUAUCUCAACUCAGCGUGGAUGAAGACGUCAAAAUCUAAAUUAAAACACUACCUUCUGUGACAAAGACUGUAACACUCCCAGGAAAGCAAAAGUGUACACAAACGCUACCACACUAUCCUGCCAGUUUGAAAGUAUUUCCGCCCACUAAGUUGUGACGGAGGCUACCUCACCCCCAUCGCCAAAACUACUGAAUCCUACGGUACCCUAAAGCCCUUUCUGCAACUGUCUCCUCUUUCUCUUCAUAUUCCAGUCUUUAUCCUCUGAAAUGAACUCGAACUGCAAGCGCCUAUAAAAACCCAAAACAAGUACUACUGACCCAGCUAAUAACUUUAUCCUUUGCUGAACUAUUUUUAAACAUACAAUUUCUCUUUAAAUCCCCAAAGAUCAUUUGUUUAAAACCAGGAAUUCUAGAAUUAAUAGGUAUUGUUAGUAACUCUUUUAACUUCUAACCAACUGUUUGCUAAAGAUACACAGCAAAAAUUAUUUUCUUAAUCAGUAUGUCUUUUUGUUUUCCAGUAAAAUAUCUAAACAUCCUUAAAACAAGAUAUGUUUAUGUGAGAAGCAGAAUUACAUAUAUUAAUAUUUGGUUUCAAAGAAUGAAUCUUGAAUUAGCUGACUUUUUAUCUUUUUUGGCAAAUUGUUUUUUUUUUUUUACAUCACAACAUUUUGUUAGAUUUAUGCUUAAAACAAAAGUUUUAAGCAACAGUUUUCCAAUUGGGUAAGAAAAAAUAAAAUAUACAGUCAAAAGUAUAUCUAACGUGGUCAAAGUACCUAAUGCAACUUUUGUAUGUACAUUUAUCUUGUUUUACGGAAGUUUGAAUAUUUUUACUUUUAAAAACAAGAAAAAAGUACUGGUUAAAAAAAAAAAUCAUUAGAAAAUUUGUGGGUUUGAUGCAUUUUUGGUCUUAGAUCUGUCAAAGGCUAGCAGACUACCUCGGUUAAGCAGUUUAGGCACAGUUAUAGCUCUGUAAACUAGUUGUGAAACCUGAUGCAGAUAGAUCAUACACUCCAAUUUGGUGGAGGACAUAAGGACAGUUUAGGUUGGUAAACGGUGUGAAUUAGUGCAAGAAUGGCUGACAGAUCAGACACAUUUAACCUGAUGGUACUGCUGGUUAAUGGCCUUGAGGCAUGAUCAAUUAUUUUCUUUUAUUAGCACAAAAUAACCUUAUUUGCACUUUAUUAUGGUGGUUUUGUGAUAAUGAAGUGGACUAUAGCCAUCUUGGUUUUGGAAUCACACACUGGCACACACAUCUAUUCUUACUACUGAUUGGUACGGAGAUAUCUAUUUAUUUUAGCUUGUAGAUCCUUCAUAUUGUCCUUAUUUUUUUAUUGCCAUUAGAAUUUCCUCCUCGACUCCAUGGGCAACAAAGCUACUGUACAUAGUAUAUUUUUAAAGUGUGGAAAUGUAAAUAGCUUACCUUUUUUUUCUUAUUUUUUUUACAUUUACGAAUACUUUGACUAAGCUAAUUUAAAGUGUUGGGUUCUUCACUUGAUAAUGUUUUUACUUUCUGAGCAUUUGGCAGUCAGGUGUUAUGACAGGAACGGUGUAAACCGAGGUGGAACUUGUACGGGUCACAGGUUUGGUCCGCAAAGCCCAGUCAGAACUAUGUCAAGUACUGGAAAUAUGUUAUAUUUUAUUUUUUGUUUUCCUUAGCUAAAAGUGUUUUGCUUUUCACUGUAGCAGUAAAUUACACUAAAAUUGAUUGGACACUGAUAACGCACAUUUUAGCUGAGGAAUAAUUGGAAAUGUUUUGUAAGGCUUGGACUCAUGUUAAAAGGAUAGUUCACCCAAAAAUACAUUUACCCUUAAGUUGUUCCAAACCUGGAUGACUUGUAUUUCUUUCUUCAGUGAAACACACAAGAUGUUAACAGAAUGUGCACACUGCUCUUUUCCAUACAAACAAAUGUAGCUCUAAAAUGACAACAAAAAAAAAAGCACUAUAAAUGUCAUACAACAUCUUUUAAGUUACGAGCAGACCAAACUUUGUCGUUAUUCACUAAUAAUCUCUGCGUUCACUAAAGCUCUCAAAUUUAAUUCCCAGUUCAAAUGUGUUAUGAUCCAUUACGAGAUGUGCCCCUGACUUCUGACAUCAUUGAUGUCAAACCUAUGUGAAUGUGUCAGUGCGAAUGAGAUUUGAAAACUAUGGCGGAGAGUAACAUUUUCAGCAAAAAUUUUUAAAACAAUUAAAAAACAUAAAAAAUAAAUGACUUAAAAGGAAUAUUCCAGGUUUAAUACAAGUUAAGCUCAGUCGACAGCAUGUGUGGUAUACUGUAGUGUAGAGCACUACAAAUAUGAAUUUUGAUUUGUCCCUCCUUUAAAAAAGCUAAAAUCUGGGUUACAGUGUGGCACUUACAAUGGAAGUCAAUGGGGCCAAUCCAUAAACAUUAAAAUACUCAUUGUUUCAAAAGUAUAGCCACAAGACGUAAACAAUAUGUGUGUUAAAAUGAUCUUACAUGAUAAAAUCACUUUUCUGUGUAAAGUUAUAUCCCUAAAAAUGUAAAAACAACAAUUUAAACAACUCUACAGCUCAAAAUAAUACACCAGUUUUAACAGUAUUAAUGGAAGUGCUUUUAUACAAUUUUAAGCUUCACAUUUCUGCAUUUAAACCCUCUAACAAUUGGCCCCAUUGUAAGUCAAGUGCCUCACUGUAACCCAGAUUUGUGCUUUCUUUUUUAAAGAAAAGGAAGGAUGAGUCAAAAUGAAUUUUUCUGGUAAUCAACAUUAUGCCACAAAUGCUGUCGAUUGAGCUUAACUUGUAUUGAACCCGGAAUAUUCCUUUGAAUAUUGUAUUGACUUGUUGGUCAUCGCAUGGCUUCUGCGCCAUAGACUAUUUCCUGUGAUGGUUUUAAGGUGCUUUUUAUCAUUUUUGUGCUUGGUUACCCCAGUAUCUAUCUACUUUACUUAUGGAAAAGAACGUGAUUAUUUCUUAGUGUUUCACAGAAGAAAGUCAAACGGUUUGGAAUAACAUGGGUGAGUAAUUGGUGACUGUUCAUUUUUAGGUGAACUAUUUCUUAAGGCAGGUUAAGAUGAUGCUGUUAUGAUGUGAUUCUAGAGGAAAGAUUUCAUUUUUCAUUCACUGGGCCUGCAAUGAGAAGAAGCACUUGAAAAUUGAACUUGACUUGAAAAUUUUGCCGUUAAAAAGCGCACCUCUUUAUACCUUAUACAUUGUAUUUAUGACAACUGGCCUUUGAUGGAUAUUCUCUUAGUCUCACAUACUCUGUAAUACUACUGCCAAUCUGUCACUCCCUGCAUCCAUACGGAAUAUGCAAGAUGUAAAUUUUGUUUCUAUAAUGUUAUCUUUUUUUUAUUUAUUUUUUUUAUAAUCAGUUUUACUUUUUAUUCAGUAGACAAUUCUGUGGUUGUAGCUAUCUGUAUUUUAAGUCAUCUGUUUUGUGGUUUGUUUUUUAAUGUGAUGAUUACAUUUUAAUUCAGGUUUAUUUGUAUAGCGCUUUUAACAGUAGAAAAUGUCUUGAAAUAGCUGUACAGGGUUUAUGGUCACUAGUCCUUUCAUUUUAUGUGAUUUUAUUUAAUUUUACUGUCUCAAGAAUGUUUUUUCAGGACUGAUGUCUCAUUUGUCUGGUGUUUUGAGUGUAUUGACAAUCAAGAUCUUGGUUACUCUGUAUGUUGCGACAAUUCAAAGCCACCUUACGCAAUUUUAUAUAUAUAUAUAUAUAUAUAUAUAUAUAUAAUGUGCAUUCUUGGAAAGCCAAAAAAAGAUUGGUAUAUUUGAAAUUUUGCUGUUUGAUGGCUCUUUCUUUGGAUAUUUUUUUGUUUGUUUAUUAAUUAUAGUUUAUUGGAUCCAAAAAGAAAACAUACUAUGUCACCAUAUGCUAUCCUCAUUUGUAACACUGGAUUGACUUUCAAAGGGAAUAGCUCACCCAAAAAUGUCAUUAUUAAAUCACCUUCAUGUUGUUCUAAAACCUUUUUAUUUUUCUGUGGAACACAAGAGGAGAUGUUAGGCAGAAUGUUAGCCUCAGUCACAUUCAUUUUAUUUGUAUAGAAAAAGGAUGCAAUUAAAGUGAAUGGUGACUGAGACGGUCAAUUCAGUGUCAUAUUGGGUUGGAAACAACAGGGUUACAUUUUUGGGUGAACUAUCUCUUUAAGUUAUAACACUACUAAAAAGAUAAGACUAGACUAGCACGCUGCUAAUCGUGAAAUCUUCUGUCAAUAUAGCACGUAAAAUGUGGGGGGGGGGGGUGGAAGAGAAUUCGGUUUGUCCUUAUAUUUGCUGAUACUGUUAAAAGAGUACUUUUAUUCAUUUUUCGAGUUGUUUAAUUCAAAGUGUGUACAUAUAUUUAUAGCUAUAUUACAAAAAAUGGUCUGCUGCUUUGCAGGAUUUAGGGUAAAUAAAUGACUUGUCCAUUUCCCAUAGUGGAGACCUCAGCUGGAUAACUAACAUGACAAUAAGACUAUUGCCUUGCAGAGUGUCAUGUCUUGAAUUGUCACAAAGAAAAGCUUCUGUGACCUUUGACCUCAAAACCUAAAUAUAAUCUGAGUGUAUUUCCCAAAUCCAAAUGGAGACUUUUCAGGAAUUUCAGUUUUUCAAUCAUGUACAAGGGUAAUUAUUCAUUGGUAAUAAAUACAAUUUUCCUACAUUUAACUCGUCUUCUCUGUCUUCACUUACUAACAUAUAGCAAUUUUUAUUGGAUUCUCAUGAAACCUAUCUUACUUUACUUAUGUACAUACUGUAUUUGUACAUGUCUAUGUGCAAAUGUCAUACGUCUUUGGCUGCUGCAUUGUAUCUUGUUCCAACAUCUAUUCAUUAUCAUAGGCUGUUAUAAUGUAGUCUGUUACAAAUAGUACAAAAGAGGGCAUAAUCAAAAUACUGUGCAUAAUAUUUUGUCAUGUGAAGACACGCUGGUCAAUUCAAUGAAACAAUGCUCAGAACGUGCUUCUCUGUUCUUCCUUCAGGUUAGUUUAGUAAGUGCGCACCACUGUUUCUGAACCGUGGUUUCGGUGACGUCAUAAUCAUCGCGUUUUUAAAAUGCAGUGUUAAGUUGAAAAUAGUAUUGAAAAUCCUGCAUUUUGUUACCUUCAACUGUGCUCCAUCUAGAUGUUUGAAAGAAAGAUUUCACCUUGUGUGUGUGCACUCUUCUCCGGAGUGUAGAGCGCAGUCUCUGCUCUGGACAGAAAGUCACGCUGCGCUCUGUUGGAGUUUGUUGCUGUGAUGAUUCAUGCUUCCUCCCAUUUAACUUGGAAUUUUAAACUUCAUACUGGGAAAACUGCAAUGGAACGCCACUUUAUGUUGGACUUCCAACUCAUGCGGAAAUCUUCACCUCUGAUUUAGCUGAGACGCAGGUGUGUCACGCAAACAUGUCGGCUCUGAGGAAGAUUUACAGUCAAUGAUAAACCUUCACUUUUAUUAAAUAAUAUACAUUGAGUCGAGGUUUCUACAUUGACAAUGAAACCUGUUUAGCCAACGUGUGCAGAGACAGAUGUUCAAAACACGGCGGAUUAAACUUCCUUUUGAUUAUCGUAAACCUGUAGAACAACAGCAUCGUUUAUCAGUUUGGUUGCUAUGAGACUAUAGGGAGGAAUUAAACUGUUGCUCAAAACAAAACAUUUGACAAACUGAAUAAAAUUUAUUGCUCAUGCACUUAAUAAAACAUCUUUCACAUGAGAGAAUAAGAAAACAGUUCAGGUGUAUUUACAUUUCUAUAAUUUGUCAAAUUAUUAGAGAGAAAGACCAGCUAAAUAUUUUACAGUAACAUGGUGAAAUUGAUCUUUUUUCCAUAGCAAGCCUGGCUACGAUAUUAAAAUGACAAACAAACGUGCGAGCCAUCCAAAACCACACGCACAAAAACAACAGGCCUGUAAAAAUAUUCUGAAUAUGAUGUUUCAAUGGUCGUUUUAAAAACUUCAAACCAGUCUUCAACCCAGAUGAAUUACAACAUUAAAAUGAGACUGAGUCAAUCCUCAAAAUAAUGAGAUUUUCACAAUCAUUUACAGCAAGCAAUCCACAAGUGGAAGUUUCAUAACAGCUUUGCUCAAUUAUUUUGAUAUGUUCACUCCUUGUGACUGUCCCUUUGUUGAACUUCACUUUAUAAUUUAUACUUCAAACGUCAACACAUUUAUGACGGUCUUUUGAGCUGUUUAACGAGUGUAGAUCUUGAAGUAACUAAAGUGAAAUUAAAUCAGUAGCAACAUUAAGCACUAACUAUACAUUAACACAAUUCUGCAAUGUAAGAGCCAAAACAACUAAGAAGAAAAUCAAAAUCAAUUCUGCUUGAUAACAUAUGGAUAUACAGCUCUGGACAAAAUUAAGAGACCACUGCAAAAUUAUCAGUUUCUCUAACUAGUAAAUCCAUAGGUAUGUGUUUGAGUAAAAUGAGCAUUUUUGUUUUAAAGCACUGACAACAUUUCUACCAAAUUCAAAAAAAAAAAAAAAAAAAAAAGAAUUGAGCAUUUAUUUGCAGAAAAUAACAACUGGUCAAAAUAACAAAAAAGAUGCAGUGUUUUCAGACCUUAAACAAUGCAAAGAAAACAAGUUCAUAUUCAUUUUAAAACAACACAAUAGUAAUGUUUUAACUAAGGAAGGGUUAAGGUCAAUAUUUGGUGGAAUAAACCUGAUUUUCAAUCACACCUUUCAUGCAUCUUGGCAUGCUCUCUAGAAGUCUUUCAUAUUGCUGUUAGGUGACAGACAAUCGAGUCUCUCUACACUCUCAAACUGCUUUUAUAUUUGCAUAUAUAUGAAUAUUUUGCAAUAAAAUUGAAAUAUAUUGUUUCUGUACUAAAAAUCACCAUUUUAAAUUAAUCAUUGUAUAUUAUUUCAUAGUUUUUCCAUUUGAUUACAUCAUUCACAAUGCUUCAUAGGAUUGUAGUUCAUUAUCAAUGAUGUUAAUUGUCUUUUUGUCCAAUUUUCUAAUAGUUUGUAAUGUUGUUAUACACCUUGGAGCUGGUUGGUUUGGUUCAUGGCUUACAACUCUUUUUUUGAGGUACUUUAUGAAAUGCCUGUGGAAGAAACAAAUGGGGAAAAUACAUACCGAACCAAGAUGGCUGAAAAAGUGGGCGAGCACUGUUGCCUUUUUUAACAAUGUGGUUUAUGGGGAUUCGGAUUAUAUGAAAAUGAAUUGAUUAAAAGUAAAAAAUGUAAUUUUACAAAAGCACUCCCAUAUCUUUGCUCCGUUUCACAUUGUAAAGUAAGUAGAAAUGGCUCUUAGUGCUGGACUAAAAAUAAAUUUUGAUUUUCACACUGGUAAUGAGUCAGAGAGACCCCUGUGAUCACAAACCACAAGCCUCUUCAUAAGACAAAACUAAGGAGUGACUGUGUGUGUCAAUUUAGAAAUAGUCCAUUUCAGUCAAAUUACUUUAGAGGACUUACCUGUGUGAAAUGAGCAACUCUGUCAAACUAAAAAAUAAAAUUAAAAAAAAUGCCCUUUGAGAUACCAACGAAAACACACUACAUAAACCUGCUGGUGAUCAACGGAAUGUUUUUGUCUCUAAUUCUAGAUUUAAACACUAGCUUUCUUCUCCAGUGAUACUUGAACACCUUUACGACUUGUGUAACAAGUACGUUAUUUCUAGGUACAACGUUUGUGACCCAAACAGCUGCUUUGCUUACAC